CGUUCUCUUUGUUCCUUCUGUCUGUUUCUAAUCACUUAACGCGUACUCACGACAAACUUAUUUAGCAUUCCAUUUUGUUCAUUCGUUUAAUUCGUUUAAUUCGUUUAAUUCGUUUAAUUCGUUUAAUUCGUAGCUGUUCCCAUCUCCUGCCCGCGCCCAGUCGACUUAAUUAAACGUCGACGGGCUUGAAAGUCGAAAGGUGACAAACCAAGGGAGAAAUCGGAAAACGAAAUACGGAAUUCUAAUCUGUCAGCCUAAUACUGCAGGAUGUUCCACAGAACAGAUGGCAUUUAGAAGUUUGCUGCAACUGUAGACAUCGAAGAUUCGCUAGAUUCGUAAGAGGCUAGGUAAGCAUGGUUUGCUCGCAUGGAAGCCGUGUACGUUCUCGUACGUUCGCGUUACUACCAUGAAGAGAACGAUGAAGAGAACGAUGAAGAGAACGAUGAAGAGAACGGUGAAGAGAAGAAAAGGGAAGAAGGAAGCGAUGGAGGAAAAAGAGUGGAACGCCGAGGUCAAUGCUUUCCGUCCAAGGCCAAAGGACCGGCACAUCGCGGCAGAGCCAAGACUCGACGACGCGAGUGGGUACUCUCGGAUACGAAGAGUACACAGCAUCCAACGUUGAAGGCAAGCUACGCUCAACAAGGAGAAACCACCGCACCGAUGCGAUCCCAGCCCUCCCCCUUUACCUUUUACAACCUGCUUUUUCUCUCCUGCACGGCCAGCUUCUCUCGAGGUUAAACCAGGUUCUCGCUCUCCUCACGAGAAUCUACGUUCCAAUCCGCCAUUCCAAUGAAUUCGAUAUCGAACACGGCUAAACAUCGGACAACCAACCAUCAGUGGAGAAAACGAAAAGUCAGUCCAUCCGUCCAUUCCAUCGUCCUAUCGUCCUCGUACAAGAGCAAAGUUUGAUAAUUAUUUCGACAGCUGCUGCACGUACAGCCUUCUUCCUGACGAAAUUCCAUAAAUUCUCAAACAGGCUGGCUGAUUAAAUAUCCGAUCAAAUGUUGGAAACUCGUUUAAUGCUAGC